GCGUGCGCGGGCCCGGGAGGAGGCUCCCGAGCCAGUCGGCCGAGGCGGCGCAGCCAGCUCCCCCGCGCCCUAUGUGAGGGAAUCGGGGAGGCCUGCGGCGCGCCGGGGAGGGCGAGGCAUGUGCACGGGCCGGAGGGUGCUGCGGCCGCCCGAGGAAGAGGAGGACGGCGGCGGCGAGGAGAGUGGGGGGCUCGCGGCGGCGGGCCCGGGCCGAGGGGAUGCAGCGGACUGUGUGUGUCUGGCUGUAGCUGACGGGAGGCGGCGAGGAGGAGCCGGAGAUCCGCGAGAGGGACGACCAGGAGGCGCGGCGGUGGCGGCCGCGAGAAGUAGCAGUAGGACGGGCGGCGGCGGUGGCGGAGACGGAGACGGCAGCCCUGAGAUGCAUUUUCCUCUCCAGCGGCCAUGUUAACCAGGAAACCUUCGGCCGCCGCUCCCGCCGCCUACCCGACCGGCCGAGGAGGGGACAGCGCCGUUCGCCAGCUUCAGGCUUCCCCGGGGCUCGGUGCGGGGGCCCCCCGGAGCGGAGUGGGGACCGGCCCGCCCUCCCCCAUCGCCCUGCCGCCGCUCCGGGCCAGCAACGCUGCCACCGCAGCCCACACGAUUGGCGGCAGUAAGCACACGAUGAAUGACCACCUACACGUCGGCAGCCACAGCCACGGACAGAUCCAGGUUCAGCAGCUGUUUGAGGAUAACAGUAACAAGCGGACAGUGCUCACAACACAACCAAAUGGGCUUACAGCGGUGGGCAAGACGGGGCUGCCGGCGGUGCCGGAGCGGCAGCUGGAGAGCAUCCACAGGCGGCAGGGGAGCUCCACCUCUCUGAAGUCUCUGGAAGGCAUGGGGAAGGUGAAAGCCACCCCCAUGACACCCGAGCAAGCGAUGAAGCAAUACAUGCAGAAACUAAGCAGCUUUGAACACCAUGAGAUUUUCAGCUACCCUGAAAUAUACUUCUUGGGUCCAAACGCAAAGAAGCGCCAGGGCAUGACAGGCGGGCCGAACAACGGUGGCUACGACGAUGACCAGGGAUCCUACGUGCAGGUGCCUCACGAUCACGUGGCUUACAGGUACGAGGUCCUCAAGGUCAUUGGGAAGGGGAGCUUUGGGCAGGUGGUCAAGGCCUACGACCACAAAGUCCACCAGCACGUGGCCCUGAAGAUGGUGAGGAACGAGAAGCGUUUCCACCGGCAGGCGGCCGAGGAGAUCCGCAUCCUGGAGCACCUGCGGAAGCAGGACAAGGACAACGCCAUGAACGUCAUCCACAUGCUGGAGAACUUCACCUUCCGCAGCCACAUCUGCAUGACGUUCGAGCUGCUCAGCAUGAACCUCUACGAGCUCAUCAAGAAGAACAAGUUCCAGGGCUUCAGCCUGCCUUUGGUUCGCAAGUUCGCCCACUCCAUCCUGCAGUGCCUGGAUGCUUUGCACAAAAACAGGAUAAUUCACUGUGACUUGAAGCCCGAGAACAUUUUAUUGAAGCAGCAGGGUAGAAGCGGGAUUAAAGUGAUUGAUUUUGGCUCCAGCUGUUACGAGCAUCAGCGGGUCUACACGUACAUCCAGUCCCGUUUUUACCGGGCCCCGGAAGUGAUCCUCGGCGCCAGGUACGGCAUGCCCAUCGACAUGUGGAGCCUGGGCUGCAUCCUGGCGGAGCUCCUGACUGGAUACCCCCUCUUGCCUGGGGAAGAUGAAGGGGACCAGCUGGCCUGUAUGAUUGAACUGCUGGGCAUGCCCUCCCAGAAACUGCUGGAUGCAUCCAAACGAGCCAAAAAUUUUGUGAGCUCCAAGGGUUAUCCCCGUUACUGCACCGUCACGACUCUCUCAGACGGCUCCGUGGUUCUCAACGGAGGCCGUUCCCGGAGGGGGAAACUGAGGGGCCCACCGGAGAGCAGAGAGUGGGGGAAUGCACUGAAGGGGUGUGACGAUCCCCUUUUCCUUGACUUCUUGAAACAGUGUUUGGAAUGGGAUCCUGCGGUUCGCAUGACCCCUGGCCAGGCUUUGCGGCAUCCCUGGCUGAGGAGGCGGCUGCCAAAGCCUCCAACGGGGGAGAAGACGUCAGUGAAAAGGAUCACCGAGAGCACUGGUGCUAUCACAUCCAUUUCCAAGUUACCUCCACCUUCCAGCUCAGCUUCCAAACUGAGGACUAAUUUGGCACAGAUGACGGAUGCCAAUGGGAAUAUUCAGCAGAGGACAGUGUUGCCAAAACUUGUUAGCUGAGCUCCGUACCCCCCCGAUGCUGGUAAUUCUGAAAGAUACGACAUUGCUGAGCCUUACUGGGUUGAAAAGGAGUAGCUCAGACCUGUUUUUAUUUGCUCAAUAACUCGACUCAUUUGUAUCUUUUUGGCACUUAUUUUAAUGUAAGAAAGUUGUUCGUUUUGUUUUUAUAAAAUACAUGGGGACAAUGCUUUAAGUUUUUAUACUUUCUGAAACUGUUUUUGUGUUCUAAAAGUACGAUGAGCCUUACUGUAUUUAGUGUGGCAGAGUAAUAAACAUCAGUGGCAGGCCAUUGAUUACGUCAUGACUGCCGCGCAUCUACA